AAUCGAACUUUCAGUAUAUCUUGACCACUUUAAUGGAAACGAAUUUGUUUACGGUCAUGUUACUGAACGCAGUGUCCAUUCUCAUAUUCUGUUCAGUUUUUGUUUCGAUAAAUGCAACUCCUUCGAGUAGAGAAGGUGACGAGAAAUGUGGCUACGAGGCAUGUCCUGCAAUAAAACCGGAUAUGUUGAACGUGCACAUUGUGGCGCACACGCAUGACGAUGUUGGUUGGUUGAAAACCGUUGACCAGUACUACUUUGGAAGCAAAAAUACCAUACAGAAAGCAGGUGUUCAAUACAUCCUGGAUAAUGUUGUUCGGGCGUUGCUCCGUAAUCCUGACCGUCGAUUCAUUUACGUUGAAUCAGCAUUUUUCACAAAGUGGUGGAACGAACAAACCGAUAGUAAGAAAGAGGAAGUGAAAAUGUUGGUCAGGGAAGGACGACUAUCGUUUGCCGGUGGAGCAUGGUCAAUGAAUGAUGAAGCAAUUACACACUACCAAAGUAUUGUCGAUCAAUUCACGUGGGGAUUACGCUUUUUGAACGACACAUUCGGUGAAUGUGGACGACCAACGAUCGGUUGGCAGAUCGAUCCGUUCGGUCAUAGCAACGCUCAAGCCACACUGUUCUCCGAAAUGGGCUAUGACGGAGUGUUCUUUUCACGUUUAGACUACCAGGACAAAAUUAAACGAAUGAACGAAUCAAGAAUGGAAACCGUUUGGAAAUCGAGCCGAAGUUUGGAUGAUGCUGACAUCUUAGCUGGAGCCUUAUACAUGCAAUGGUAUAACGCUCCGAAUGGUUUCUGUUUCGAUUAUCUCUGGUGUGUGGACGAUCCGAUUAUAGACGAUAAACGUAGUGUUGAAUACAAUGUCGAUCGGAGGAUCUCUGAGUUCGAAAGUGUUAUGAGGGAUUACGAAAAAGUUUACCGCUCCAAUAAUGUUAUGCUGACGAUGGGGGGAGAUUUUACAUUUCAGAUUGCAGAGGCGUACUUCAAGAAUUUGGAUAAACUUAUCAAACACACCAACGAACGACAGUCUCAGCUAAAAAUAAAUGCAUUCUACUCAACACCUGCGUGCUAUUUAAAGUCGCUCCAUGAUUCGAACAUUGAAUGGCCCAUCAAGACCGACGAUUAUUUUCCGUAUGCGUCCGAUCCACAUUCGUAUUGGGCUGGAUAUUAUACGUCGAGGGCGACUUUAAAGGGAUUCGAACGGAUGGGCAAUCAUUUCCUCCAGAUAUGCAAACAGCUUACAGCCGCAUCUGAGGCUGAAGAAAGUUUCUUCGAAGAGAAUCUGAACAGUUUGAGGGGUAUAAUGGGCGUGAUGCAACACCACGAUGCUGUUACGGGAACCGAGAAGCAACACGUCACAGAUGCGUAUAGCCGUGAGUUACAUGCAUCCAUAUCGAAAUGUGAAAUGAACACAAAAUCAUCGCUGAACCAAUUCAUCACCAACACAUCCGAUACUACUGAAUGGAAAUUCAAUUUUUCGUCAUGCUUGCAGCUAAACAUUAGCACAUGCGAUGUUACCGAAUCCUCUACAAGAUUCGUUGUUACCGUGUACAAUCCCCUGUCUCAUACUACAAGUCAAUACGUACGCUUCCCCGUUGCCAAUUACAACUAUGAAAUUCGAGAUUCCAGCAAUAAUUUGGUCGCGUCACAGUUUCUACCAAUACCGACACCACUUGCUAAUCUUCACUAUCGCAAUAGUGAGGCCACUAACGAAGUUGCAUUCUAUGCUACUGAUAUUCCACCGGUCGGUUACAAAUCGUUCUUCGUCACACGCUUAACCGCUGCGGAUCCAGUCAAUAUUGAAACCCCACCAACGGGUGCUGCAACUGUUGGAGGCGAUGACUUUCAAAUCAGUUUCACAAAUGGAUUGCUGUCUGGAAUUACCAUCGAUGGCGAUACAAGUGAAUUGUCUCAGAAUUUCUUCUAUUACACUGGAGCGACUAUGAACAACAACAUCUUUGCAAAUCGGUCUUCCGGUGCGUAUAUAUUUCGUCCAGCACCGAAUACCUCUGACACCCUAAUUGGUACCAAUGUACAGAUAAGUGUCAUUCGCGGUAACCUUGUCGACGAAGUACAUCAAAUAUUCAACGAUUGGGUCAGCCAAGUGAUCAGAAUAUACAAAACUCUUCGACACAUCGAAUUUGAAUGGCUUGUUGGACCGAUUGCUACUGAAGAUAAUAUUGCGAAGGAAAUCGUUUCCAAAUUUACCACAAACAUCAAUAGUGAGUCGGUCUUUUACACCGAUUCGAAUGGACGUGAUAUGAUGAGACGGAAACGUGGCGAGCGGGAAACAUGGGAUGUUGAAAUGUUUGAGCAAAUAUCGGGGAAUUAUUAUCCAGUCACCACUAGGAUUGCAAUUGAAGACGAAAACUAUCGCCUUGCUGUGCUUACUGAUCGUGCCGAAGGAGGUUCCAGUUUGGAUGAUGGUACCAUCGAGUUAAUGGUCCACAGAAGACUGCUUCGAGAUGAUACAUUCGGUGUGGACGAAGCACUGAACGAAACAGCAUACGGCCAAGGUCUUAUUGUGCGUGGCAAACAUUGGCUGCAUUUCGGUAGAAAAACUAGUCAAAGUCCAACAUUGGAAGCUCGUGAACGUAUCCACCAAAAUCAAGUUCUAUUGCCAGUUUGGCCUUUCUUCGAUGAUGCUACAACAAUUAGCUUCAAUGAUUGGUCGAGUCAGUACACAAACACUUUUUCGGCCAUCGGUGCAGACCUUCCUGCCAACAUUUUUCUAAUGGCAUUCGAACCAUGGAAGGAUAAUUCAUUUUUGAUUCGAUUCGAACAUAUCAUGGAAACUGAUGAAGAUCCACAGCUCUCGAUGCCAGUCAGUUUCAAUGUGUCGCAUAUUUUCCCCGGCAGCUUUACAUUGUCUGAAGUUUCAUUGGGUGCAAAUCAAUGGAUUGAAAACAUGAGUCGGCUUCGUUUCAAGCACGAGGGAUCCGUUCGGCCAACGGAGGGCAAAUCGAAUAGGAAGCCAACGGAACGCCAGACAGAUGGAUCACAGUUUGUCGUUACCAUGAAUCCAAUGGAAAUUCGAACAUUUAUCAUGACGCCGAUAGUUGAUUCGGGCAGUGGCACAAAGUCACGCAUUGCGGUUGGAUUUGUUGUAUUAAUUUCCGUUUUGGUAAAUUUUAUUCGAAAAUAAAUUGCGAAGUCAACGUGGAAUUGAAAUGA